ACUGUCGACUCCACAUCUGCUUAUAUUACCGUGAAAUACUGGUGAAGGAGGUGACAACUUCUAGUCCUGAAGGUUGUAGGAUAUCCCAUGGCCAAAGUUAUGAGGUCAGCAGCCUGGACCAAGUUAUCUUUCCUUAUCCAGAGGAUAAUGGCCAGAGGAAGAACAUAGAAAAACUACUGAACCACCUGGAACGAGGAGUAAUACUGUGGAUGGCACCUGAUGGCCUCUAUGCUAAGAGACUUUGCCAAAGCAGGAUCUACUGGGAUGGGCCUCUGGCGCUCUGCAGUGACAGACCCAACAAGCUGGAGCGGGACCAAACAUGCAAACUCUUUGAUACUCAGCAGUUUUUAGCAGAGCUGCAAGCCUUUGCUCACCAUGGACGUCCGCUGCCGAGAUACCAGGUUGCUCUGUGCUUUGGGGAGGAAUUUCCAGAUCCACAGAGGCAGAGGAAACUAAUUACAGCCCAUGUUGAACCAAUGUUUGCCAGGCAGCUGUAUUACUUUGCUCAACAAAACAGUGGACACCUGCUGAGAGGCUAUGAUUUACCUGAACUUGUGACUAGUCCAGAGGAUUAUCACAGAUCUAUUCGCCAUUCCUCUAUUUUGAGUGUUUUUAAAGGCACUGCAAAGUUUGUGCAGAGUGGAGGAGCAGAUCUGGGUCAUGAUUUUGAGAUCCACAUCACAGCUGGAUGUGUUCAGGGGUUCAAUGAUAGGAAAGUGAACUAG